UUAAAGGAUUUUAUUUUCAUCUACAGUCACAUGAUGCCUUAAUACCCAAUGACACUAACUACAGUGUCUCAUUAAGAGGUCAUGCAAACUCCCAAGCUAAACAAGGCAUUCUUACAUAUUUAACAUUCAAAUGCAGAAGCCAAGCUAAGCCAUGGAAGAUUGUAAUCAGGAAAAGCUACACUUCCUGAUCCUCACAAAAGCUACAGGUUCUUUAAACAGGAGGCAGAUUGCUAGUAUUUGGGGCUGAAAGGUGGAGAUUAUUUUGGAAUGUGAAAGCUACUUGCUGCUUGGAUCCAUGACAACCAUGUAGACACUCUUCACUCUAACAAUCUUCACCAGCAUGAACCAAGACAUUUAAAACAAAUCUAUGAAGAAGUCGAUGGAGUACAAUUGGAAAGGUUAAGGAAAAUCCAGAUGGGGUGCAGGUGCUGCAAAAUGAUACAAAGCUAUAUCUUUGAUCCAGAAGAGGUACAAUCAUCUGGAUGCAUUCAUGAAGUAAACAGCUAUAAACACAAUGAACAAGGCAGCAAUAAAUCAAAAUUCAAAGAAAACAGUGAAAAUGAAGAACCCAAAAAUGAACUCCAGCAGGAUGAGAUAAACAAAACAGAAAAUAAAAAUCCAGUAAACAGCACAACAGAAACUCUCAGGAAUCACAGAGGCAAUGAUUCUCAGGAGGAUGGCCUUGUGAAGUGUGCUGCAAAGCUUGAUGUUGCAGUCAAUGGUGGCAACUCCUGUGCUCAGCACUCCAUGCUCAACCCCAACACAAGCCCAGUGAAAGAAUCCAGUGAAAAGGGAACCUCCAGCCAGUCAGAGGCUUCUCCAGCCAGCAACAGAGACUUUCACACCGAGUCAAAUAGGUCUGGACAAGAGCUUGACCUAGAGGGAGGCAGUCAGAGUAAGGCAGCCAGCAACGUGCCUAACAGUAUUCCAGACUCCCAGUCUGCAGGAGACAGCAUCUUUCGCAAAGGAAACUCAACACUGGAAACAGUAAACAAUACCAUAAAACUGCCAGAUAUUGAUUAUCCUCAAAAUGGGAAUCAAACUGGGAACUGUGUUGAAAAAGACAGCUUUUCAGUCAAUUGCAUACAUUCAGACCAAAACACUGGUACUUCAGCAAUACGGGACCAGGACCUUCCUGCAAUCCCACCCUGGCCUGUGAAAGAGAGCAGUAUUGAACCUUUUAGAACAGACUCUGCAAGUUUGAGUGAGAGCCUUGCUGCUGGUAUCACUGCAGUGGCUGCUACCAAAGUCCCACAGGCACCCACGCACACCAACAAUAAAGAGGCCAAUGGAGGAAUUGAGGAGGAAGAUGCAGAAGUUGCAGCAGCUCUGGCUGCUCUGGAAGCUGCAACAGCAGGAGAAGAUGUGGAAGAUGAUGAUGAGUACUAGAUGGUUUCUUUCUAACACACUGGGUAAGAUCCAGAUGUUAUUUCUGGAUCAAUAUGCACAGAUAUACAGUACACAGAGCUGUUAUGAACAGCUAAUAUAAAAGGAGGUGGGACUAAACCUGGGUCCCUUCAGCUGCUUUAUACAGCCUUUUAAUUUCUACUGCCUGAGGUACAGAAGAGCUCCCUUGACUAAUGGUAAUACUCUUCUCAAUGGGCCAAAACAGGAGGGCAAACAUCAUUUUGUCCACACAGAAUAUUCAGUUGUACACCCACCUUAUCUGCACUCAUGCAAGUGUUUCCUUUCUUUCCUCAUGAGGGUCUGUGCACAAUGCAUGUUCCAGGUAAACUCCCAUUAUUUAAAAUAGCAUUAUUGAAGCCAUGGAGUAAGAAACCACAUAUUUUCAUCAUUAGCAGAAAAAAACUACAUAAAUUAGCCAAAGUUCUAUGAUCUACUGAAACAUGAAACAGGGAAGGCAGCUUGGACUAAACUUUACUGUGGCUAUGUUUCCAUUAUGGAUUAAGCCUAAAUCUGUGCACGAGCACCUGGCACUGGAAUGAUAACAUCAUUUUUCCCCACAUACCUCUCCCUUGACUGCGUUUGAUACCCCAAGUGUUGCUGCUUCAGUUCCUUAAAACAGCAGAAGCCCAGCCAAAUCCAAGAGAGUGGGUAAUUUCUGUUGGUUUAAUGUGCUAAAGUAGCUCAUGUAAGAACUUCACACCCACUAUCAGAGAGGCCAGAGAGAUCAAAAUUCACUCCCUACCAGUUUGGACAGAUUAAAACUAUUGUAAAAUGACAGCCUGAAACCUCUGAACUCCACUAAGUUUUCCAGGUGCAUGUCACCUGUCUUACCAAUACAAUUUUCAAACAGAUUGUGUCUCAAACAUCCCCAGCAAGAUGUGUUUUGUUUAUAUGAAAACAGCAGGAGCCAAUGUGGACUCCUCAGCUCUGCUGAAGUCCCUAAAUUUACAUCAGGAAAGGGACCAAGCUUCCAAGAUGGAUUAAGCAUAAAAUCAGAAAACAGUUGCAUUCUUGGAUGGCUGCAUUUCUAAUGAGAGGGGGAAAAAGGAGAUAGAGACCAAUUUGGUGCUGCCAAUUCAGCAAAAGUAUGGUUGAAGUAGAACAUGCUUAACAUUUUAUACUGAAAUUUUGUGGUUUCAAA